AUGCCCCGCCCCAUUCGGUCUAUGAUUGAAGACGUAGUUUGUUCACCGCCUGGUUUUCCUCCAACUCCCACAAAGCCUGACUUCCCACCAGAUCAACGCCGACCUUUCGGUUGUCUAAAUGGGAAUGCACAGCUUGGAGGAAACGCGUUGCAGCCAACAUUCACUCCAUUUCGUUUCCAGCAAGAAUCUGAUGCCCAGCCGUCGGCUCCGUCGCAAAUUGUUUCUCCUUUGUCGAAACUGAGAUUGAAUGAGACGUCUGAAGGUGAUAGUACUUUUGGCGACAACCGUUUUCGGUCAGCUCUGCCCAGCUGGGUGAUGGAUGGACACGGCCAUAUUAUUGUCCCGCUGAAAAAAUUACUUGAAGAAGGAUUGCUGGAGACAUUUGCUAGGGAUAAAUCUGGCUGCACGUACCUUCAAGCAAACUAUCCUGCUGAAGGUAAACCCGAGCGAGAGAUGCUUGGGAAGCAAUUGUUCGAAGUAGCGGACUUUUUCCAGGCACUCUGCAUGGAUGUGUUCGGUAAUUUCUUCAUACAGUGUGCCGUUCAACAUGCCAAUACACAAGAGCACAGAUGGAUCACAAGCAAUCUCUUUGGCAAGCUAUAUCCAAUGUGUCUGAAUCGCUAUUCAUGCCGUGUGAUUCAAAAAGUUAUCGAGGCACUCUGCAUGGAUGUGUUCGGUAAUUUCUUCAUACAGUGUGCCGUUCAACAUGCCAAUACACAAGAGCACAGAUGGAUCACAAGCAAUCUCUUUGGCAAGCUAUAUCCAAUGUGUCUGAAUCGCUAUUCAUGCCGUGUGAUUCAAAAAGUUAUCGAGUGUUUGCCGAAUGAAAUGAAGAGCCUUUUGAUGCUGGAACUUCGUAAUAAGAACCUCGUGGACUUGUGCACAGAUCAGAAUGCCAACCAUGUGAUCCAAAAGAUCAUGACAACACUUCCUCUGGUGAAUUGGCAAUUCAUCAUCGAACAUUUUGUUCGCAAUAAAAACGAACUGUUUUGUGUGGCAGAAAACAAGUAUGGAUGUCGUGUGGUACAGCUAGCGAUUGAAGUUCUAUCUGAUACCAGUAAGAAGCCAAACAAGCGUCGUCCUCCGAUUCUUGACGAUCUUAUGGUUCAUUUGCUGGCGAACUGUGAGCGCCUAGCAUGUAACGAGUUUGCUAACUAUGUGAUCCAACAUGUACUCAAAGCGGGACCGCUGGCUGACUAUCGCGAUCGCAUUAUCGAAGAGUGCCUUUUGCGCAACCUCUUAUCAUUGUCUCAAGAAAAAUACGCUUCUCAUGUAGUUGAGAAAGCUCUUGAAUUUUCAUCACCUAUACUGUUGGCUGAAAUGAUGGAUGAAAUUUUCGAUGGAUACGUUCCUCAUCCUGAAACUAAGAAGGAUGCUCUGGACAUAAUGCUGUUCCAUCAAUACGGAAACUAUGUGGUUCAGCGCAUGCUCGAUCUUUGCUGUGAAGCUGCGCGUGCGAAAAAAAAUGGAAUAAAUCUCCCCGACAUGGAGCUUCGUAUGGAAUGGCUAGCCCGCCUCGAGACUCGUAUUGCACAAAAUCGUAAUCGCCUUGCAAGGUACUUUUGUGUU